AACAAACCCCCAGGACAACCAAAAGGCUUGACAUUUAGUAAGCCUACUCUAAAAAGGAACAAACAAACGAUUAAGGAUAUUUAAGGACCAAAAGAUGAAGCUCACACGCGGACGUUACACGUAUCUUUUGAUGGCCCAAAUGGCACUACUCGCUGGAGAUUUGUUCUUCAAUGCCUUUGGGGCAUCGCUGGCCAGGAAUCAUCUACAGACAUCCAUAUUUUUCUUUGUCACCCAAGAUGCAUUGAUUAUUGUCGAGUAUUUACUCUUCACUUUGGCCCUGCAUUCGACGUGUGUCUAUCAAGUGGGAGCCUCGCAUAUAAUUCUGAGGAAUUGCAAGCUCUUUUUGGGAAGCAUUACCAUAUAUUUUCUGCUCUCGGCGUCACAGCAUUUCUGGAUCGUCUAUCAGAGUCGAUUGUCGGUGGCAGAGAAUCAGAAUCAGGAAUGGCCUUUGGGUCUCUAUGCAUUGGCUGUCAUCCAUCGAAUAAUGUCGGUUUUCUAUUAUUAUAGCUCCAAAUCGACGGCUUUGACAAUGGCAGAUCCCCGCUACAAGGAGGAACAUCUUGAUUGGAUUGCAGAGCAAUUGGGGGAUAAGUAAAGCGAUUAAUCAAAAGAUAAUAGAAAAUGUAAAAAGAUAGAUAAUGGAAAAUGGGAGAAGAUUGAGUGAAAAAUCAGGAUAAGUAUUUGGAGUGCACAAAGAAGCAAGAAGUUCAGAGCAAAAAUUGUGAUGAAAAUGCGCAUACUUUAUGUAAUUAAUGUAUAUAUAAAUGAAUAUUAAACUUAUUUACAAUUUAA